AUGAUAGUAGACUCAAUUAAUAUAGAAAUGUCUAAUAUACUUACAUUUUCAGAAUUAUUAGCUACACCCAUUUUCUCACAAAAUUAUACAUCAUUAAACCUUGCUUUGACACAUAAUAUAACAGAACAGUCGCUUAAUACAGAGAUGUCAAAUAUGCCUAUGUUUUCAGAACCAUUAUCAGAAUCAUUGCUAAAAAAUACUGUACCUGUUUUCUCACAAUCAUUAAACCUUGUCUCGAUACAUGAUAUAACAGAAUCAGAACAAUUAUCUGAUAUAGAAAUAUCAAAUAAUAUGUUAUCAGAAUCUUUAAUUGAAUCUAAACCUUACAAGUACAACUCUAUAUUGAAUUAUAUUUCUCAAGAUACUGACGAAACAGAAGAAUCUAAUGCUAAUAAUGAAUCUCAUGAGGCAGAGGGACUUGUUAAUCCAACUACAGACUUCUUUUAA